UAAUAUGAGUCGGGCAUCGGAACUCGCUUGAAAAACCGGAUUUAUUUGGUCGGCGUUUUCGAUUCAGAGGAAAUACAGGCUUCGCACGGACAAGGAGACAUCUAACAUCAAGCCUGUGUGAUUCAUCUGGACAUCGACUAAUCGGUAGCAUCCCUGCUGUAUGAAGCAAGCUGUGGUGAAGAAGCAAUGCUGUUCUUCCACAAUUUGCUGACAAGGAGACGACGGAUGUGAGUGUGGUUGCGGCUGCAAUCCUAGAACCUUGAUCCUCGCCAAUAUGGUUUGCAGCGAACAGAAUUCUGGCACAUCAGUGCCCAAAAAGGAAACACAGACCCGCAAGAAGCGGAAAUCCCGUCCGCAAGGUCUGCCUUCUCCUGCCCUCUGCUGUGCAUGUGGACUGUGCAUCAUGUUGGCAGGCAUCAACAUCACCUUAGUUGGCGCCUUUGCCUUCAGUACGCUCGUGCCCUCCAGCAAUCCUCCAAUCAUCAUCGGUCCGAUUCUCCUACUGGUGGCUUUCUCCUUCUUCGGGGCUUGUUGCAUCUGCAGUCGACUGCCUCCACCUCAGAGCUCUCGCCGGUCUAAAGGAGGCGGUGGUUUGGGUUUUAUGGGUCGAGGUGGAGGGGGGUUGGGUGGAGGGGCAGCGUUUGAGAUCGAGACCAGCGAGCACACAAUGCAGGACACCACAGCCGUGCAGCUCAGCCCCACCAACUCUCCCUGCUCCUCCCAUGCCUCCAGUCCUGAAAGAGAAGCUCCUGCCACCGCCGCUAAUGCUACUGUCCCCGCCCCUGACUACGGCCCUCCACGAACCUGCAAACUCUUCACUAUGGAGGCCAACGGACCAAACUCAGCAGCCUUUUCUGCUUCUACAGGGGGUGGAGGGGCGGUCCGACUCACUUUGCCUUCAGACUGCGCUGCCACUUAAGUGUGCCGGUUUAGGUCGCUCUCUGGAGAAGGGCUGGUAUUACUUUAUGUAAAUAGUUCUCAGAAGGAAAGACAAGCACUUUGUCUGAAGAAUUCAUUUGAUUGCCACAGCUGGCUUGUGCCACGAGGUGUAAUAACAAUUGAAACGCUCGCAAAAAUUUAACGGGUUGCAUUUUGGAGACCCAUGUGCUCCUGAUAGAAAUGACAGUGUUAUGCGAGAAGCAUAUGAAGAGCUUUUUGCGUUCUUUGUAUCCAAAGAGAGAGAGCCUUGAAAGGUGAAUCACUGAGGCGUGCUUCACAUAUUCAUACUGUGCCACUGUUACUCAGAGCAUUCACAGUUACUGCGCUCAAAAGAGACAGAAUCAGCUGUUGUGUAAAGAUGGCUUUGGAGACGAGCCUAAGAAACAGAAUGGAGAUAGACACUGCGUGUUGUCAUAUGUCAGUGUAUGGAUGAAAAAAAAGAAUAAAAAUAGAGAUGUUGUAUUUUUUUCUCUGAAAUAAUCAUUUUAAAUAAA